GUGGCUAGCCAUUGUUGUCACCGUAAUAAGUAAGAGGGUAGCAGAAUUUUGAUAAUUUUUCCGUUUAUGUAUGCAUAUAUGUGAGGGUCAGUGGUAGGAGAGGAAACCAAUAGUCUCCAUGAACCUCGCAAGCCACGCAGGGGAGGCAAAUGCGAAUUUGCUAUUCGUAAAUGUCAACCAAGAUUGCACGUCACUAGCAGUCGGUGCUAAAUCUGGGUGUAGGCUUUUCUCUCUUGGCUCUGUGGACAAGUUAGAAGCAAUUUACGAACACAAUGAAACAGAAGACAUUUGCAUUGUGGAACGGUUAUUCUCCAGUAGUUUAGUUGCUAUGGUAAGUCUGUCAUCACCUAGAAAAUUGAAAGUAUGUCACUUCAAGAAAGGAACAGAGAUAUGCAACUACAGCUAUCCCAACACUAUAUUGGCAGUUCGACUCAACCGAUUGAGAUUGAUUGUGGCAUUGGAGGAAAGUCUUUACAUACACAACAUACGAGACAUGAAAGUUCUACAUACGAUACGCGAUACACCACCCAAUCCGAUUGGACUAUGUGCAUUGUCAAUUAACAAUGACAAUUGCUAUCUGGCGUAUCCGGGUAGCAGUCAAAUUGGUGAAGUCCAGAUAUUCGACUCUGUGAAUUUACGAGCAGUCAAUAUGAUUCCUGCCCAUGAUAGUCCUCUAGCGGCUUUGAUGUUUAAUCCCACUGCCACUAAACUUGCUACAGCUUCUGAAAAGGGUACAGUAAUCAGAGUUUUCUGCAUUCCAGAAGGACAAAAAUUAUUUGAAUUUAGAAGAGGAAUGAAAAGAUGUGUUAGUAUUAGUUCUUUAGCUUUUAGCGCUGAUUCCGUGUUCCUAUCAGCUUCAAGCAAUACAGAGACAGUACAUAUAUUUAAAUUGGAGACUCCAAGGGACAAACCUAAUGAGGAACCAGCAAGUUGGAUGGGUUAUGUCAGCAAAGCUUUAAUGUCAUCAGCUAGUUAUCUGCCGUCACAGGUGACUGAUGUCUUCAAUCAAGGUAGAGCCUUUGCGAUAGUCAAAUUACCCUUUGCUGGACUCAAGAAUAUAUGCGCUCUUGCAACGAUACAGAAAUUGCCCCGUGUGUUGGUAGCGUCACAAGAUGGUUACCUCUAUAUCUAUAAUUUAGAUCCAGCAGAAGGUGGUGACUGUACACUACUCAAACAACAUAGGUUGAUUGGUGAUAUGAGUUGUGAAGUUAGAGAAACUGAUAAGACAUUUACUAAACCUGGAGGACCACCAACAUUUGCAGCAGCUGCUGCCUCUGGAAAUAGGACAGAAGGUACAACAGAAAGAAAUGUUGUAGAAGAUUACACUGAAGGUCUUGAUGAAGGCACAUGUGCAACAGCUGAUCUUCUGGUGGCUGCACGCGAGAACACGCCAACACAGGACAUGCUCAAACUAGAUGACGACAAUGAAUUUCCACCUAUGACUCACGAUGUUCCAUGAUUACUCCUUAGAAUAUCAGUGAUUUCUUUUUAGAUGAUAUAUAAAAAUGCGUCAAAAUUUCAUGUUUUUUUUGUCAAUCGCUUUUAUUGCUUUUAUCACAAGUCUGACUGAAUUUUAAAGUCUUUAUGAUGGAAAACAAUCCAUCACUUUCAAGCAAUUGUGUUUCAAGAAACUACUGCAACCUUGUACAUUCUCAUAAAGGGUAGGAGGGGGUGCAAGCAGUGACAGAGUUAUGUAUAUUGGGAGGGGAAGCACGACUAAUUUGUGGGAAUUCUUUUGUACUGUAGCUUAGUACAUGUAUAUUAUGGCAGUGGUAUUUUAGUGUAAAUGCAAAACUGUGUUUAUGGUUGAUGUCAUGCCAUUUUGAAUUUGUCCAAAAGUGUAAAGGUACAAAUAAAUUUUCAGGUUCAAUGUC